ACUGCUUGACCUUCAUUCGGACCGCGGUGUUCCAGUUUUUGCCUUUGGUAGCAGGGUUGUAUAACUCUUAGUUAGUACGAUGGGGGAACUUUCUAUUCGUUUCAGUUGUACACAUACUAGACUGUUGUAUGUUUGGGUUGCUGUUUCACUCAAAUCUUCAACUUUCUGCUCACAUUUUGUGAUAUUAUAUACUCAACGAGAUAUUUGAUAGGGUUGAUUUGCCUUUGUAUCACUGUCAAUAACACUAAAUACCUAACGAAUUAAACAGCAUUUACUUUAAGAAACAACCGAUAUCGGCCGAGGUUCUUCCGAGCAUUACAAUGCUCAUGAAUGAGUUAGGUCAUACUGCAAUCAAAUGCAGUGUGCUGUCCGAGGCUAAGUAAGGAGAUAAAAGAUAUGAUAAUGAUAUCAAAGCCAUUGAAGCUAGGUUUUAUCUCAUAUGUGACCACAGAACAGUCUGAAGUAUCAAGCACAUUCCUCUAUUGAUACCAGUAGCCGCGCUCUGCUCAUUUUUAACAUGUUCACAACUGAGAUUAUUAUGCGAUAAAAAACUUGCAUCUGAUGUGCUAAAUUAAAUAGACAGAUAAUGGGACAGUAUUCCCAACAGGCUUCAUGAUGUGUCGAGUAGAGCUCUAUUGGUUGGCCGGAGUAAACUAAGCUAACGUCACGACAACAAAGGUCUUGGAAAACAGAACAUAUUGUUUGGACCACAGCAAAGAGAGCUCAACCGUAAUGUCAAUCCUAGUCUGGGAAAUCAAAACACCUUGCCCCUAAACUUAUACCCAAGUGAAAUAUCAAGACAGAAGACUAUAUUAUCAUAUCUGUCAUAGAAAAUUUUGAUCGAAAACCUCUUUGAUCAUAGUCUGGGGAAUACUCAUUGUUCAGGAAGUUUGUGUUCUUAUAGAUUUUUAAAGUGAGGUUCUCAUGAGAUUCAAAAUGUCUUAAGUAGUCACCUCUAUAGAAAUGUCAAUCACCAUGCUAUGCUAGGAUAGCUUUUAAUAACUAGAUUUAAGACAAUAAUUUCAGUAAUAAAACGAAGUGAACGUGUAAUUUUUCUAUAGUUGGAAAUCUCAACUUAUUUUGUAGAAAUAAACUGGUAUUCCGGGGCGAACUUGUCAACCCUGGGUUUGACCAGCAGUAUGUAACGAAAUUCCGAGACUGAUAUAGCCAAGAACAGUCCUAGUGUUUGAGUAAAAAGAUUCGUUUCGUGAUGAAAUUCUCAAUUUAUAUAUUCACAACUUAUCUUUAGUCAUCCACAAUGGAAUUUGCACAUACUAUUUUCAGAGUAGCAUUGUCUGGGGACCCCAGUAUGUUACUACAAAUUUUAUCUGGGGAUCGAGGUUUGGCGAAUCUUCCUGACUUUGAUGUAAGUCGGGAAGUUUGUCUUUAUUUAACAGGGCAAUAUGCCACUUCAUUUUGCUGCUAUGUCUGGUUCAUGGGAGUGUGUUAAAAUAUGCAUUUCUGCUCUACAAGCUCGCAAGGAUCUUGACUGCGCAACGGAAGUUCAACGUAAAAAUUUCAUGGUAAGUUAAUAUACUAAUAAACAUCUUUUAAAGGGUAAAGAUGCUCUUACCAUUUCCGUUGAGAAAAGCGAUUAUGAAUCAUUUAAUCUACUGAUAAGUGCAGGAGCAGAAACAGAUUAUCGGUGUGCGGAUGAUGUGCCUCCUCUGGUGGCUGCUUUAAGUCAAGAUAACGUGAAGUUAACCGCUAACGUCCUGGAUGCACUCGACAUAAAUUUUCUUCGUUUACGCCGGGAUCGCUAUUGGAUUUUAGCAUUGCAUACUGACCUCUCAAUAUCUUUAGCUUAUUUCAAGCUCCUAAAGGCUCAUGCUGUCCCAUACAUGCUAAGUGAAUUUGAGGAAAUUUGUGCCAUUGUUCUUGAAAAAGAACCAUCAAUAAUAGGGAUUGAAGAAUUUUUGAUUUACUUGGGGUCAGAUGCUGUGGAACGUUGGUCUAUUCAUCAAGAAGAAGUAUCUCUUUGCUUAAUGCGUAUUUCAUCCUACUUUUUAAGAAAAGUCGUUCCAUUUAGUCAGAACUUCAGUUGUAUUCAUCGCUUGCAAAAGUUAGGAUUAUACACACCCCCGUCAUCUGCUAGAACUUGGUUGCAAGUUCUGUCUCAAUGGGGAUUCCCAAGGAUUUGUAUUGAACAACCGGAAGUCCAAAAACAACUGAUUUGGAAUUUAGCAGAUAUCGAUAGGAGUCCAAAAAAUACAGUUCCGGACAGGUGUUUGCUGCCGCUUGUACUAUAUUUCGCUGUCUUAGCCUUACGUUUCCCAUAUACAGAUUGGAUCGAUUGUUGGCGUGAAGUUUGUUCUAAGGCGAAAUUUAAUGAGCAUGAAUAUAACCUAGGAACACUUCUGGAAUUACACAGUGUAAGGCAGUCAAAAUCUGUCUUCGAUUUCUUCUGGCAUAAUAUAUUCACUUUUGCUAUUUCACGUGCUGUGUUGUAUACUAAUUUAAAACUUUUUCCCUUAAAUGAUACUCAGUGGUCCAUGGACAAAUUUUUAAAUCAUGCUUAUCGCGAAUGCCAGUUAUUACAACCACUUCCUCCAGGGAAUCAUGAGAAAUUAAUUUAUCUCCUUUCUUACUUUCCAGCAUCUAACAAUAUUACUGGGCAUGAAAUUUUUAUGUCGAUUGUGUAUCAGCAUUUCUUACCAUUGAUAUCUGAUGAUGAUAUUGAAUGUAGUAGUAGUUGCUCAAACGUUAAUCCCAAUGUAUUGAUGACUGCUACAGUUCAUGUGCUUCAUCAAUAUUGUUUAUUAAAUCUAAUUGUAAACUUUUCAGCUAAAUUAGGUCUGAAAUUCCUAAGCAAUAUUAAAGACUGGCCACGUUCAAUAUCAACUGACUACAAAAUCAAGUUGUUCAAUAUAUUAAUUGCAUGCUAUGUUGAGUCUAGUCGACAUACCAAAGUACCUAGAAACAUAUCCCAGAUUCUACCAUUGAGACAAAUGGGUUGUGAUCAUUCUAGUUAUUUGAAUAAUUUAGUGAAUGACUGGCUGAGUAAGUGGUUGUCUGAGCCGAAACGUCUCUCAUUAUGGUCUAAAGUUACUAUACGCACAUGUCUCAGACGUUCCACGCAACAUCGUUCUUUCCCUAAACAACCUGUAAAUGAACUUAUUAGGCGUUUACCGCUGGCCCCGAUGCUCCAGGAGUACCUUAUAGAUAAUGAAUAUCUAAAAUAAUGUUAAUUCUGGUUAUUUCUACAAAGUAAACUCCUGAUAUACUCUGUGACUGUAUAUUCAUUUACAACACACAAAUCAAUGCGAUCUUGAGUAAAUACACUUGCUACAACAAA